CAGCUGAUAUGUGACAUGCUCCCUCCUCCUGCUGCUGCUGAAUCAGUCCGUCGGGUCUGCAGCCCACCGCCUCAGUCAGUGUGUGCUCAGGUUGGGAGGGGGACGUCCAGCAUGUUGGACAACGAGGACUUCGUGUUGGACACUUCCCCGCGGGAGCUCACUCAGAACCCGCUCCGGAAGAUCUGGAUGCCGUGUAAAAACGGCCACAUAGCGCAGAGACGGGUCUGUAUGACAAAUUGCCCGACGCUCAUUGUGACUGUGGGACUUCCAGCCCGAGGGAAGACUUACAUUUCGAAGAAGCUCACACGCUACUUGAACUGGAUCGGUGUGCCAACCAAAGAGUUCAAUGUCGGCCAGUAUCGGAGGGAGUGUCUGAAGAUCUACAAGUCCUUUGAGUUUUUCCGUCCAGAUAAUGAAGAAGGUUUAAAGAUCAGACGUCACUGUGCGAUGGCAGCUCUCAAUGAUGUUCGGCAGUACCUGUGUGUUGAAGGAGGGCAGGUGGCGGUCUUUGAUGCCACAAAUACAACAAGAGAAAGAAGAGGAACCAUUGUGAAGUUCGCUGAGCAGAAUGGGUUCAAGGUGUUUUUUGUGGAGUCUGUGUGUGAGGACCCAGAUGUCAUUGCACAAAAUAUAGUGCAAGUGAAGUUGGGAAGCCCAGACUACAUUCACUGCAACACAGAGGAGGCCGUCGAGGAUUUCAUGGGGAGAAUCAAAUGUUACGAGUCGUCCUACCAGCCUCUGGACGAGGUUCUGGACAGGGACCUGUCCUACAUAAAGAUCAUGGACGUGGGCCGUCAAUACCUGGUGAACCGUGUUGUCGAUCACAUCCAGAGUCGAAUCGUCUACUACCUGAUGAACAUCCACAUUACGCCGCGCUCCAUCUACCUGUGUCGUCACGGCGAGAGUGACCUCAACAUCAAGGGACGCAUUGGAGGAGACUCUGGUUUGUCUAACAGAGGAAAAGAGUUUGCCAGAAGUCUGAGGAAAUUCAUCCAGGAGCAGAAUAUCAAAGAACUGAAGGUGUGGACCAGCCAGAUGCAGAGGACAAUCCAGACGGCAGAGGGCCUUGGAGUGCCAUACGAACAGUGGAAGUCUCUCAACGAAAUAGAUGCUGGCGUGUGUGAGGAAAUGAUGUACGAAGAGAUUCAAGAGAAUUACCCCCUGGAGUUUGCACUGAGAGACCAAGACAAGUACCGCUACCGCUAUCCUAAAGGAGAGUCGUAUGAAGACCUGGUGCAGCGACUGGAGCCGGUGAUCAUGGAGUUGGAGAGACAAGAGAACAUUCUGGUGAUUUGUCACCAAGCAGUGAUGCGCUGUCUUCUCGCAUAUUUCCUGGACAAGUCUGCAGAUGAGUUGCCUUAUCUAAAGUGCCCUUUGCACUCUGUAUUAAAGUUGACCCCCAUGGCUUACGGAUGUAAAGUGGAGUCUGUCUAUUUAAGCGUGGACGCUGUGAACACCCACAGAGACAGACCAGAGGUAGGUCUCCUAGGCAGCACACAAAUGUCUGUCAGCAGACAAUAUAAACAAGUUGAAUCCACCUCAGGGGUUUCACCCCAAGUUCAAGACAACAUCCUCUGUGAUCUACGACUGAAUCAGGACGUCAUCUCAGAAACCGCUGUGUGUUUAGAAGCAGUGUGAAACGUGAUCUCUGGAGAGGCACAAUGUGUCUUCCACACUUUCUUCAUCUCCCUCCUGAAGCACGCAGACCAGUCACUGGGGAUCCGUCCCGCUCUUCUCAUCGCACAAGAAUGUAAAUCUUUCACAACCAGGAAGCUGUGCUCCGUCCACAGGAGAUCCAUGAUGGUAACCAUGACAACUGUGACAUCGCUUAACAUUGACACUGCUACCUCCACCAUGACCUCUGGUUUCAUAUUGAUCUCUCAGUGGUGUCAGAAAUGAAUGUUACAAUUCUGUUUGAUAUUAUUAUUUGUUUUUUCAUCUUGGUGGGACUGACAUAACUGGAAGCGUGUGCGUGUGCGUGUGUGUGUGUGCGUGUGCGUGUGCGUGUGUGUGUGUGUGUGUGUGUCAACCUACAUUUGUGAGGACCUGUUAGACUUUUAGACCUUUGUGGGUACAUUUUGACUGGUCCUCACCUUUCAUCAUAAGUACUGUUAGCAUGGACGAUGCAUGUUCUGCUGCGACGUCACAGUCAGCCAGACUUUCAGUUUGAGUUUGGAGGUAAAGAAUAGAGGUCAUCCGAUGUCAAGGUUAGAGGAUAUGAAAUGCAUUGGUUCUUUACAAGUGUAGAAAGGACGUGUGGUGGAACAAUCUGAAUUAAAACAUAAGAACAAGCACAUUACUUUUUGUUUUUAAUUCUGAUAUAAAUUUAUUUUUCAAAUCAUGAAUUCUUCCCUGAUUGUAUUUACAUAAAGUUGUUUCCAUGUAUGCUUUAUAACCUGACUGACUUUUUACUUGUGUGUAGUAGAACAAAUACAUUUAACAUCCACAUUCAUUUUGCUGCAUAGAAAAUGCACUAUAUCAUUUCCAUUCUCUUGUUUUUAGGAUUUAUUUUCUGUUUAAAAAUGAAGGAUAAUCUGUGAUGUCUUGUCCGAAUUUUCAGUCACUAGUUCUCCAAUAGAAUUAGGAUUUACCUAAUUUAUUAUGAAAUCAGUAAUUAAUUUUUACGUCGCUGGCGAAAACACAUUUAUAUUAUUUGAUCAAAUGGAACGAUUUUCUUUGUUUUUGUGUUUGUCAAGGUUUACUCAUUGUGAAUAUAAAUGUACAAAUUGAAAAAAAAUCACUCUUCUGUUCAUUUUUCUGGUGGAGACAUCAGUGUUCAGUUGUUUUUAUGUCAAACAUGAACUGCACUCAUGUCAUGACUGUGUCUGGAAAGUGCAAAAUCACAGAACACAUUUCAGAAGCGAUUUGAGUUUGAUCUUAAUGAUUCGCCUCAGUAAAACCUUUAAGGACUAGUUUGCAAAAAGGAUCACUGGAAAAAAACAAUUUGAAAAACUGAUAAUUUUAGACCAUGAAACAUGAUCAUUAUUCAGCCGUAAACACAACAUUUGUAUCUUGUGUCAACAGUAAGGUGUCCAUGUGAACCAUGAAGUAAGUUGAAAUCAACAUUAAAUGAUAUCCAUUCGAUUUGUCCAAUUCAGGCCAUAAAUUACCUUCCGAUAAACUUUAAAUAACAUUUUAUUCAAACAACUAUUUUUAACAUCACACAGUAAAAGCAUGUACAGAAGGAAACCUUUCAUGGUCAGUAUUACAGUUUUUAAUUACAUCAAGCAGAACCUGUUUCAUGGUUCAUUUGGGCAACUGACUACUAUUGAGACAUGAAUUGCUCCCUACAGUCACAUGCUCACAUGUGUAUUGCUUCUCCUGAAAAUGUCUGUUCUGUUUAAGAUUUGUCAUUUAGAUGAUUAUGAGGUUGAUUUUUAAUGUUGACAACUCAAAAAGGUUCAAAUUGAUUGUUACGUAUUAAAAAAAGCAACAAAGUACUUUCACUGCUGACACAUUGACUAUCAGAUGAAUGAAUUAAUAUCUCGAGCCAUUCUACUCACAAUUGCUCUUCAUGAAGAUAAUGAUAUCAAGGGAUUUUUCUGUAAAGAAUCUAAUUUAUAAAUGUCAGAUAAGUAAUG